AUGCUACUCCAACUCUCAUACGCCCUCGCCCUCAGCGCCCUCCUCCAACCAGCAACAAGCCGCUUCCAAGCAUACAUCGAAACCCCGAACUGGAUCGAAACAGAUGGCUACAAUUUCCACACCCCGAAAAACAAGAUCCCCAUGCCAUCCCUGGUAAUCGAUACAUUCCAGAACAAAAUCCACAAUGACCUCGGAUACUGGCACGGCGCCGGCGAGGACUUGCCCGUACACCACGAACCAGGAUUUGUCCGUCUCGACCCGACAGACCCGGAUCAGAACUUCCACACCCAGUUCAAUAUCCACGGGUGCUUCAGCUUGAUUCCAUGGCAGCACCAGUUCCUGCACGUGGUCUUUGAAGGCACAGAGGAGUUCACUGUCUCGCUGAACGAGCACAACAUUGACUGCGAGCCGCUGAGGAGCCCGUUCCCCGGCGUCCCGGACAGCGUGCAGGCGUCGCGGUACGUAAUGCGUACCAAGGCCGGAUGGGGAGCCGGCGAUGAUGGGGAUGAGUGGAAUAGCGGUGCGGAUGGUGAUGAUAACGGUGACGGUGAGACGACGGCCGGGCCUGCUCAGAAGCAGAAUCACAGACGCAACCCGCUACGCAAGAAGCCCAUGCACAGAGCUGCCAACGGGAGCUGCGUUGAAGACGGCGAUGAGGACGGCGGCGAUGGGAGCGAUGAUGGAAAUGACGGUGACGAGAACGGCGAUGAGGGCCAUCGGCCUGCUUCGCCGGAGAAGACGGAGCUGUUCAUUCCUUUGUCGCAUUUCAACAUCAACCAUACCCGCGUCGUGUCCGUUUCGUUUACAGGAUUCUACACCAAUGUGUCGCUGGUUCUGCGCCGUGUGGAGUUCGUGUCGACUGUUCCGCGGCCUUCGGCGGAGAAUAACUAUUUCAAAAUACCCGAGAAGGCGCCCAGUGGGACACUGGUUUUGCGGUGCUCGCGGCCGAAUUCGUUUGCUUUUGGGAUUGAUGAUGGUCAGCCUCGGUUUGCGCAGAGGGUUAUGCGGAUUCUGGAUGAGGAGGGCGUGCGGGCGACUUUCUUUGUUGUUGGGGCUGGGUUGACGGAUCUUUCGACCAACUUUACCAAUUUUUAUCGGGAGAUGAUUGACAAGGGGCAUCAGGUUGCUCUGCAUUCGAAUACUCAUCCCAAAAUGGAGGCUCUGCCAACGAUAGAUCAGAUCGAUGAAGAGAUUGUUCGGACUAUACAGGUCUUUCACGAUGAGCUGGGAGUUCAAUCCCGUUACUUUCGUCCACCAUUUGGUACCGUCGGCGCACGCAUGCGACAGCAACUUGCAAAGCGGAUCCCUCAUCCACUCAUUGUUAAUUGGAGUGUCGAUGUUGAAGACUGGCUUUGGGCUAAUACCUCGACACCAGAGAAACAAUUGGAAGCGUUUUAUCGCAAUGUUGCCCGGGGUGGAAACUUGGCUGUUCUGCACUUUUUGAGUCCGACGACUGUGGAGUAUCUGCCAACAUUCAUUCGACAUGUCAAGGCUGUUGGCUUGAGCAUUAUGCGUAUAGAUCAGUGCUUGGAGGAUCCGGAUAGCCCACCUCUGUGA